UCUGAAAAUCGGGAUCUCGGUUUGUUUUGUUUUGUUUUGUUUUCUUUCCCCCCACUCAAAUGCAAUUCCUUCCGUCGGCGUCUUGAAUUCCUUUCAACGAACGAAAGAACGAUCAAUUUCCAUACGAUUGAUUCCCCCUUCCUUCCUUCAUUAUUAAUUCAAUUCUCCUCUUUCUAAUAUCCAAACUUGUAAUGGAACCUAAAUCAGGCAAUGACGAAGAACACGCAAAGAUCGGAAACGGUUAUGCCACCGCCACCACCACCGCCGCCGCCGCCACCGCCACCGAUGACAAUAAACCUGUUAACGAUUUCUCAGGAGAAGUAGUGCCAGCUGUAGGUUCUCCGUCAGACGUCGCCGCCGUUAAUGGAACCUGUCGCUCUUCCAGGACUCCGUUUACCAAUCUCAGUCAGGUCGACGCUGACCUCGCCCUUGCAAGAACUUUACAGGAACAGGAAAGAGCAUACAUGAUGCUUAGUACGGGUGGUGAUGGGGUUGCUUAUAGAGGUUGGGCUGACUAUGGGUUUUCCUAUGAUGAGGAUCAUGAUGAUGAUGAUGAUGACGACGAUGAUGAUGAUUUUGACCAUCAUACUGAAGAUUAUAUAGGUACUGAUGCAGAGGUUGAGGCUGAGGAUUAUGCAGUAGGAGACGUUCUUGCUCAUGCUGAAGAUGAUGAUGAAGAUGAAGAUGCAGAAUAUGAUAUAGAAAAUGACGAGGAGUAUGCUAGAGCCAUACAAGACAUUGAAGAUCAAGAUGUAGCAGCUAGAUUAUUGUCCCUAGCUGGCCUAAAUGAUGAGGUGGUUGAGGAUAUCGAUGAACAAGAUGAUGAUGAUGAUAAUAAUGCUCAGGGCAUGUGGGAUGACGUUGACCCCGAUGAAUUGUCGUAUGAGGAACUACUUGCACUUGGUGAAGUAGUUGGGACAGAGAGUAGAGGACUUUCUGCUGAUGUAAUUGCCUCUUUACCUUCAUUUAGUUACAAGACUGCAAAAAAUGCUGAUGCAAGUUGUGACCCGUGUGUGAUAUGUCGGUUGGAGUAUGAAGAGGAUGACACCUUAACUGCCCUCUCUUGCAAGCAUUCAUACCACUCUGAAUGCAUAAACAACUGGUUAAACAUUAAUAAGAUCUGUCCGGUUUGCAGCACUGAAGUUUCAACAUCUGGAAAUAGCUAGUCAACAGAAUCCAUUCCUUUUGUGAACCGAUGUUGUAAGAAGUAAUAAUGCUUAAUUUGGAUAUAGAACAUGUCUCUUUAUUGGUUUUGUGGAAUUGUUGUAAAUUGUUGAAAAUCCCCCGAUGUAUCGAACAUUAGUCUUCCUUAUGUGAUUGAUUGAAGCUUAAUGAUCGGUAAACUGGGAUCUGAACUCAAAUGCCCAUAUGUUGUAACAUUGACCUAUUUAGGGUUUGUGCUAAAUAUUAUGAAUCAUCAUCAUUGUCUCUUUUGUAUCCAA